AUGGAGCUGGCUUUGAGCUUAGGAGACACACCAAAACACUUCACUUUUAUUGAACCUAGUUUCACUGCAGGGAAAACCAUAGAGGAGAAAAGAAACGCUUGUGAGAGAAACGGUUCAUUGGAUCCACCGGUUCAACUCGACCUUCUUCCUUUCUCUCCGGUUCUAAGAUCCCAACCAUCUUCUCAGCUUCGAAUUCCAUGGCUCAAUGAAUCAUGUGGCCCGGCGAGGGUGCUGGACGUGAACCUUUUUCCGGUGGCCGCCGCGGCGGAGGACGCCGACGACGGCACGUCACUGUCAUCGUCACCCAACAGCGCGGUGUCACCGUUUCAGAUGGAUUUCAGUGUCAGGAAUAACGGUAACGCAGAAGAUGGAGGAAGAAACAAGAGAGAGAACGAGGGUGAAGCUGAGAGAGCGAGUUCAAGAGCGAGUGAUGACGACGAAAAUGGCUCAACUCGGAAGAAACUCAGACUCUCUAAGGAACAAUCAGCUUUUCUUGAAGAAAGCUUCAAAGAACACACCACUCUUAAUCCUAAGCAGAAACUUGCACUUGCGAAACAGUUGAAUCUUCGUCCUCGUCAAGUUGAAGUUUGGUUUCAAAACAGAAGGGCAAGGACAAAGUUGAAGCAAACAGAAGUGGAUUGUGAGUAUUUGAAGAGAUGUUGUGAGACUUUGACAGAAGAGAAUAGGAGGUUACAGAAGGAACUACAAGAACUAAGAGCCUUGAAAACUUCACAGCCAUUCUACAUGCAGCUUCCAGCUACAACUCUCACCAUGUGUCCCUCUUGUGAAAGGGUGGCUACAAAUUCCUGCACCGGAGGUGCCGCCGCCGCCACCAACAAAACCUCCACAGCGAAUGCCGCCACUAACAAUGGUUCUCAAACCCCAUUGGGUUUGUCUCUUAGCAAGCCCAGAAUCUUACCCUUCCCUAAUGCCCAGGCCCAAGCCCAAGCCCAAGCCCAUCAGAUGGCUUCAUGAUGGUGAUCAGAUUGAAUUUUUUUUUUCUUUUAAUAUAUAAUAUAUAAUAUAUAUAACAUUAUCAUAGAGGACAAAGCAUUCACCACCCUGUAUUGACCGUUUGUAUAUAAGUUCGGUAAGUUUAUCUUAUUU